AUGAGCCGGGCAGCCUCCGCCUGUCGCUCCCCGGGCAGCCGCGGCGAGGCCAUGAAGGUGAAGAAGGGCGGCGGCGGAGGGGCGGCCGCCGCCGCCGCCGCCGCGCCCGCUUGCACCGAGGAGGAGCUGCGGGGACGCCGGAGCGGCAUCAGCCCCGACGACGUGCUGGGGCUGCAGAAGAUCACGGCCGAUUAUUUGUGCACUCUCGAGGAGAACGUGUACAAGAUCGAUUUCACCCGGUUCAAAAUCCGAGACAUGGAGUCGGGCACUGUGCUGUUUGAAAUCACCAAGCCCCCGGUUUCAGAACGAGAGCACGACGACAAGAAGGACAUCGACCCCAAUGCGGGACGCUUUGUGCGCUACCAGUUCACGCCAGCGUUCCUUCGACUGCGCCAGGUUGGAGCCACGGUGGAGUUCACAGUCGGCGACAAACCCAUAAAUAACUUCCGCAUGAUUGAGAGGCACUAUUUUCGGGACCAGCUGCUGAAGAGCUUUGAUUUCGAAUUUGGGUUCUGCAUCCCCAGCAGUAAAAAUACUUGUGAGCACAUCUAUGAAUUCCCACAGCUCUCCGAGGACCUCAUCCAGGAGAUGAUCCUUCACCCCUACGAAACGCAGUCGGACAGUUUCUACUUUGUAGACAACAAACUGGUGAUGCACAACAAGGCGGACUAUUCCUACAGCGGCGGACCCUGAGAAGAGCCGUGGCCACUUUCUGGAUCCUGGCGGGAUGGCCCCCGGGGAUUCCGCCU